UUGGAUAAAGACAAUUAAACACCCGCACAAAACGGCACCACCGUCGUUUCAAAGUCUCUUCCACAUCUGUCUGACCUGUCAGGCGGCUACUAGUAGCAGCUAACGUUAGUCCAAUGACAGUCAACUGCACCGGUUAUCACGCUGGCUAACCACGGCUAGCUCUUGUAGCUCGCAUCGUGACACCGACAAACGACACAUGAUUGUAAAAUUCAUCCGCAUUUCAUCGCCUUUCACUUUCUUACCUGUGAGGAUCCCCACUCGGGUCUGAUGGUCGUGGUUGGGUAUUCAAAUUCAAUUUGAAUACAGGAUACGUAUUUCACCCAUACACCUUCACCCCUCCCGAAACUGCGCAGGCGCGGAUUGUGUGGACUGGUGUUGUCAUAGCAACCGGAGUAGCCGAUCAACAUGGUGGGAAAAGCAACAACACUAAAAGAAGCACUGGCCAAAUGGGAGGAAAAGACGGGGGAGAAGUGCAGUGAGGCUACAGUUGUAAAGCUAUAUAAUCAAAUCCCCCCUCUUGAAAAGCUGGAUAACACGCUCAGCAAAAUACCCAAAUGCGAAAAGCUGUGUCUGUCCACGAACUGCAUUGACAAAAUAACCAAUCUGGGUGACCUGAAAAACCUGAAGAUUUUGUCAUUAGGAAGAAAUAACAUCAAGGCCUUCACUGGUCUGGAUCCAGUUGGGGACACAUUGGAAGAGUUGUGGAUCUCUUAUAACCUGAUCGAGAAGAUGAAGGGAGUUCACCUUUUGAAAAAACUACGGGUUCUCUACAUGUCCAACAACCUGGUCAAAGAUUGGGGAGAGUUUUCAAAGCUGGCUGAUCUGCCGUGCCUUGUAGACCUGGUGUUUGUAGGAAAUCCUCUAGAAGAGAAACACUCACCUGAUGGAUCAUGGAUGGAGGAAGCUUCGAGAAGGUUACCCAACCUGAGAAAACUAGAUGGCAUCCCAGUCAUCAAACAAACGGGGGACGAUGACGAAGAUGGCUGAGUGACUUUACGAUCUUUUGUUGAAAUUUUGGACUGUAUUCCAUUCGUUAUUCCAUACACUCAGCCACCAAACCAGCCGCACAGAAUUCUGCUACCAUCCUAAACAGCCAAUAUAGUUAAAUACGUUACAGUGCAAAAUGUGACAUGUAAGCAAGAUUAAACAUCUGAAAAUGAAACAAUUAACCUCUUAACCCUGGACUUGAGAGGCUUCUUAGAAAAAGACAUCCAAAAGUAAGUAACAAUGUUUUCUAUAUCUGCAAGGUCUACGUGGAUUAUCUUGGUUAUUGUGCAAA